ACACUGCAACAUGGUGCUGGAGGGCGUGAAAGAAAUGUGGACGGAAUUGCCGAAGACCGGCAAAGGCAAGAAGAAGGCGAAACCGAUGGCCAAGGAUCGCUUCAUCCCGAAAAUGUUUUUGCGUGGUGAUUCGGUAAUUAUUGUUUUAAAAAAUCCUGCAGUUGCUACGGAGAAGACAGUCUCAUCGAGCUGACG